AUGCCCACGUCAGCAAUCACGCCACUACCCUCCCACUGACGUUCUCGUUUCUGAUUGGCGAAUUGUUGUUAUACGAAAAUACGACAGAAGCGCCAGGGUAACAUGUUUUGUGGACAUCUGUAGCGGUGUGUGCUCGGAAUUGUUACUUGGGUCCGGCGCAUUGCCCUCAAACACUCGAUUUGUGAUCAUCCCGUAAUAUGAGAAAUUCACACACAUGCAAAACAGCAAAUCAAAACAUGUUUGAAGAAAAGAACAUGGGCAGCUUCUGGAUAGAAGGAACCAUUGGUGCCAUAAAAGUCUUGGCUUUUGUAUGCGACAUCAUUACAUACCCUGUAUAUCUCAUUUUGCAAAGGCCAUGGGAAAAGAAGACGUUGUCUAGAAGAGUAAAAGCUCAGCCUGUUUCUAUAGAAGAAAAGUCCAUUACGUAUCGCAGUUUGCAAGAGCCUCGUGAGGUUCAUGUUCAAUUGUUACGUGAGGGAGUAGAGACAAUGACAGAAAUGUUGCAUUUUGUAUCAAAACUGCAUGAAAAAAAACGAUGUCUGGGAACACGAGAGAUACUUGCAGAAGAGGAUGAAGUUCAGCCAAAUAAGCGAGUGUUCAAGAAGUAUGUUAUGGGAGAUUACAAAUGGAAAACAUUCACAGAAGUUGAAAGACUUGCCGCUAGUUUUGGCCGAGGCCUGAGGUUACUUGGACAACCUUCCAAAGCCAAUGUAGUUUUAUUUGCUGAAACCAGAGCUGAGUGGCUUAUAGCAGCUCAUGGCUGUUUCAAACAAAACAUUCCUGUGGUUACUAUAUAUGCUACAUUAGGUGAAGAAGCAAUAGCUCAUGGGAUAAAUGAAACUGAAGUGUCAUUAGUUAUUACAUCACAUGACUUGUUACCGAAAUUUAAGAAUGUAUUGGCAAAAACUCCAAACGUGAAGAAAGUAAUUUAUAUGGAAGAUCAGCUAGCAAAGACAGAUAUUUCUGGAUUUAAGAGUGGCAUUGAUAUCGUCCCAUUUUCAGAAGUGCUGAAAUCUGGAGAACUGUCUGAUAUUGCUGAGGUUCCACCUUCUGCUGAAGACAUAGCCAUCAUCAUGUAUACAAGUGGAUCUACAGGGGCUCCUAAAGGUGUUCUGCUCACACAUAAAAACAUGAUAAGCACUCUAAAGGCCUUCGCAGAUGCUGUCUAUAUUUACAAUGAUGAUGUUUUCAUGGGCUACUUGCCACUGGCACAUGUAUUUGAACUUCUUGCAGAAUCUGUAUGCCUGCUCUGUGGCGUUUCCAUUGGGUACUCAACGCCAUUGACCAUGCUUGACAGUUCAAGUAAGAUUAAGAAGGGAACCAAAGGAGAUGCAUCUGUUCUUCGACCAACCUGUCUCACUGCAGUGCCCUUAAUACUGGAUCGGAUAUCCAAGGGUAUCCAUGAUAAAGUUUCCAAAGGAAGUGAUUUCACACAAGCAUUGUUCAACUUUGCGUACAAAUACAAACGUGUAUGGACAAAGAGAGGCUUUGAUACUCCUCUUAUGAACAGGGUGAUAUUUGGUCAGACACGGCAGCUGAUGGGUGGAAAGCUUAGGUUGGUCCUAUCUGGUGGAGCCCCACUGUCUCCAGAUACCCACGAACUUGUAAAGAUUUGUUUGUGUGUUAAAGUAAUCCAAGGCUAUGGACUAACAGAAACGUGCUCUAGUGCAACUGUUAUGGACAGUCAUGAUAGAACAACAGGACGUGCUGGUGUUCCAGUGACUGGUUGCGACAUAAGAUUAGUAGACUGGGAAGAAGGCAAAUAUAGAAUAACUGACAAACCUUUCCCUCGAGGAGAGAUUGUUAUUGGUGGCGAUAAUAUUUCUCCAGGCUAUUAUAAAAUGCCUGAAAGAACAGAAGAAGAAUUUUUUGAAGAAGAUGGUAGACGAUGGUUCAGAACUGGGGAUGUUGGUGAAUUUCAUGUGGAUGGAGUGAUGAAAAUCAUUGACCGCAAGAAGGAUCUGGUAAAGCUGCAACUGGGUGAGUAUGUCUCACUGGGGAAGGUGGAAGCAGAGCUGAAAACUUGUCCAGUGGUAGAGAAUAUCUGCGUAUAUGGAGAUGCUACAAAACAUUACACAGUGGCAUUGAUUGUACCAAACCCUUCUCACUUGGUUACGCUUGGCAACAAGUUGGGCUUAAACUCUCUGAAUUUUGAGCAGCUAUGUGUGAAUCCAAUUGUUGAGAAAGCAGUGCUUCAAGAAGUUGAGGAACAUGGGAAAAAAUGUAAACUGGAAAAGUUUGAACUACCUGCUGCUGUAAAACUGUGCACAGAAGUGUGGUCACCAGACAUGGGACUAGUUACAGCUGCAUUCAAACUGAAGAGGAAGGAUAUACAAGACAGAUAUCAGCACGAGAUAAAUCGCAUGUAUGCCUCAUGAUCUUGGAACUGACUUAAUUACAGGAUUGAUGUAAAAUCCAUUCAGAAGCAUUUUUCAUGAGUAUUUGGUUGAACAUGCCCAGAGAAGUUGAAGCUGUUGCUGUUUGCAGACUGUGGGGUCUUUCAGCAGGCUGUGGUCCUACAUUUAGUCUUAGUUUUUAGUAUAUCUGUAGAAGUAUUUUUUAUCCCAUAUUUAUGUAAUUUCUUUCACAUGAAUCUCUCCUGAUAUCAAAGGUUUGGGUGUUAUAUUGUUUUUUUGUACAUCUUGAAGCUAGUACCAGUAUUUUUGAGAUAAAGUUUUGUAUAAAAUGGCUUUGCCCAUGUCACCCAAAUAUUUGUUAUUGUGAAUGUAAUGUUUUCUGUUACUAAGUAGGAUUCAAGGUUCUCAGUGGUAAGUAUGAAAAUGGGUUUAUUCUGGGUGGUAGUGCCAUGUAGUCAGGUAGAAGUUUACCAUUUCAGAGGCCCUCGCUGCCUCCUCCAGGGCAUUGAGUAAGCACUGACAUGUGAUUGGUUUGAUAGAUAGGAACCAGUUAGUCAAUGCAGAACCUUGAAUGGACCUGUGACGAGUAGGGUCAGUAUCAUGUAUGGGCCUAGGAGUCUAUGGGAGGGGGGGUGCCAAAUCCUUUCUUGACUCCCAGGAGACUACACUGUACUACAACCUAGAAGACAGCCCUCUUCUGUUAUCCAAGAAUUGAGACUGGAGUGAAAGUUGUAGGUUGCAAUGCUGCUUGCUCAGAAUAAAGGGCCAGGUGAAUUUGUAUAGUUUCCUGAAUUGCUCAUGCUGUGCAUGAAAUGGGAAAAUGUUUCUGUGGUGUAGGUAAGCACUAGUCUAAUAGUGUUCCCAAAGGAAUGAUAUUUAAACCUAGCCAGAUUAAUAUGGCUUUGUUUAAAUUAUACUGCACUAACAUCACAAUUAUCUCAUAGGUUGCAUUAGAAUAUACUAAUUGAUUAUCUAUUUUUGUAUGUACUUUAUUUUGUUUGGUUUAUACAAAGGUAACUUAGCUGCUGAUAUGUCUGAAAUUAACAUUGUACAUCUCUGUAAUAAGUGCGGUGUAUAUACAAGAAAUGACAUGUUAUAACAAUUUGUGUGUAAUUUUUGGGGGCUAAAAUGUUUUCAAAGCUCUGCUGUACAUUGUGUUGACUGCAUGUUUUUGCCAAGUUUACUUGUAAAAUGCAAUGAUGUUUCAUCAUAUAUGGAAUAAUGAGAUGAUUUCACUUCACUAUGUUCACUUUGAUCUCUUACAUUCUUGUUAAAUUUACCGUUCAUUAUAAUCUAGGCAUAUCGUUCAAACUGAAAUGGUCGUGUUGAAGUACUGCAGUGGGGGACACUUCAGAGCUUGGCUGUGUGAGUUUAUGGUGUGAGUGAUAUUUAUAUUUUAUAAGAAUGUAUCUGUUAUGUACAGUAUUCAAAAUACUUCAUAUCUUGUAUGCACUUUGCCAGUGAAUUUAUUUAAUCUGCAAUAAAAUUCACAGUUCACAAGGACUUGAUGUAAUUGUUUAUACAAGUCUUGUGUUAUGUACAGUGUUUGUAUGUGCAAUAAAUUUGAGGAUGAUUUCAGUUAA